AUGCUUACAUAUGCAGCACUGAUCCUAAGUGCCAUAAUAUGGCUGUGUUACAGGCUUUUCCUGUUUCUGGGGAUCCCCGUUUGGCGUAUAGUGUCGAUGUUGGGGCUUCAGAUCCCGCAAACAACUAAAGUGUCAAUUGAUGACAUUGGUAGUAGAUCGAUAACCAUAAGGUGGGAAAACGAACCUUCUGAAGUGGUUGAUAAAGGAGUAGGGUCUAUUUCGCAUUAUAUUCUAUACCUGAACAACGUUAAAAUUGGUAUGUUUCCAAACGUUGCGACCUCUCUUUACACAUGCUGUUCAUUGAGGCAUCUAAAGCCUCAGACGCGAUAUCAAUUGGAUUUUGUCACAGUCAAUAAACAGGGUUUCAAGAAUAAGACGUCUCCAAUUUACGUGAUAACAAAACUUGACGAUUCCCGCGCGACGGAAAGAGACACAAAUGAUAUCGCGGACGGCGAAGAAUUGGAUUUAACCGUCGGGGGUGCGUCCAAUUUGCCAGCAGAUGCCAAAUGGAGGAAAAUUCAAGUUGCACAACCAACUGAGUCUCCGACAUCGUAUGCGAGCUUGACUACGGUCCAGGAUUUACAAGAUUAUUCGAUUACAGACUUGAAAAGCAUUCUCGUUUGCGCCCAGGAGGACCUGCACGAGGUUCUACAACAACAGUCUUCAGUCUUGCAAGAUUUUCGGGAAAGUGAGUUGCAACUGCAAUUAGAACUUGACAAUUUGAAAGCGCAAUGGUCCCAUGAAAUCGAUCUCAGAAAAUCAUUGAAAUCCAGCAUUAACUCACUGGAAAAUUCCAAACUGCUAUACGACCUGAAGAGAAGUAAAAUUAUCAAGAAUAUUGAGCAAGUUCAAAAUAAGACACAGAAAAUGAAGGACGACAUGGCCAAAUGGGAAGCAGAACAAGGCGAACAGAUGUUGAUUGAUAAACUUAGGGAGACUUCUGAGGCUCGCCAAAAUGAACUUAAACAGAAAAUUGCAGAUACUGCUGCUACAGUUGAAGAAAUGCAAGCAGAAGUUGCCAAUCAUGAAGAAGAGAACAAAAAAUUGAGUUCAAGGAAAAAAUCGUUGGACACGCCUGCACCAGUAAAUGCUAGCGGUCAGAUCUCCGGUUUGAAAAAGGAGUCUUCAAAUGACAGUUUAAGUACGCUCUCGGUAUCUUCCAUUGUGAAAAGGCUCAAUGAAUGUAUCAUAGAGAAAACAGGCCUUUUGAACAGCUCAGGUCAAGAAUUCCUGAAUGCUUUAGGUGAUACUCCGAUUGGAAGGUUUAUAAGAGAAGAAAUUGCAAAGGACUGCGAUCUGGAAUAUCAGUGGAGAGUGAACAGGAAUAGGUUGAAGAAACGUAUCGAUGUCUUAGAAAAAACCUGGAUCGAUCUUUCGAUUAGCAACGGACAAUUAAUGGCCGGAUUGGCAGCGCAACCUUAUGCCAAUGGUGAAAUGAGACAAAGUCCAACGCCCCAAGCUGGAAGUACCCCACAAUUGGUCUUGCAUGACCCAACAACUUAUCAAGAUGUCGAUGUUCCAACGGCUACAUUACCCCAAGAGAACAGCUACAGCCCGCCCCCUCCUGCACCUGCUGCGUCUUUCUCGCCUUGGGGAAUGCAACAAGAGCAGCAGCAGCAGCAGCAGCAACAGCAGCAACAGCAACAGCAACAGCAACAGAGCAACAGCAUUGGUUACACUGGCUAUGAUCAAGGCUUCGAUUACGAGCCUCCUAAUCACUUGUUAAGUGGGCUUCAAAACAUGAUUUCAGAAGAAGAUUAUCAAAACAUCAACGUCAGUACUUCAAAACUCUACACGACGGAUGAAUUAGACAGAUACUGGAAUAGCAGGAGUGGGUCUAAUAUGCUUCCACAUCCAAACGUUAAUGGACUUCGCAUGAAUCAAAAUAAGUUCACGGUGUCGUCAUCUGUUCCAAUGGAGCCCAGUACAUCUUCCGCAAAUUAUAUUCCUCCGCAGUCACCACCGAGCCUCUUAGCCUCAUUACAGGAUGCUUCACAGCCUAUGCAGCCCACUCAAAGUGUCUACUCAAACGCAAGCAUAAUAUCUCCGAAGAUUGUAACCCCGCCUGGUCAAGCAGACGAAAAUCUAUCAUUUGCAUCGAGAGUCAAUGUCAUGCCUCAAGUGGAAGGCUUACCUGUUCAGAUCGUACCUGCUAAAAAUGAUUUGCAUUCAGAAGCGUUAUUCCAACCUUCUAACUUUACCAAUAUAUGGAAUAGCACAAGUGCAGCGGAGCCUUCAGCUUUAGUAGAUGAAGAAGUCAAAGUACAGUCGCCAAAGGCAGCGCAUUCGAGAUCAGAUAGUCGUGGUAGCUGGAGCGGGUUCUCACAAUUCAUUCAUCGCUCGCCGACCACGUCUAGCUCGGAAAGUAAGAAUGCAUUAAACGGAGCAUCUUCCCCAAGCCGCCGGGAAAGUGGUGCAAAGGAGAAAAACCGGCCUUUCAAGAAUGGACGCCGCAUGUCAAAUCUUUUAUCAAGAAGCGGAAUGAAUCAUCUGUUCAAUUUGCCUAGUCAUGAGAGCACUUAA